UAUCAAAUACUAUGUAGUGAGCACAAUUUAAGAUAUCUUUAACUGAAAUAGUGAGCAUUAUCUGUUAAAAAAUAAAAUAGUAUUGAAGUUUAAACUUAUUUAUUGUCAUAUACAUAUACAAUUAAUUUUUGAAAGUCUAAAAUUGUAUAAUGACUUCAACAAAUCCACUUGAACAUGAAUCUGUUACUUUAUUCAGAGAAUAUUUACGUAUACCAACAGUUCAACCAAACGUCGACUACAGUGAAUGUAUAAAGUUUCUUGAACGUCAAGCCCAUAGAUUAGGUCUCCCAUUAAACAUUUACAAUAUGGCUCCUGGCAAACCAAUUGUAAUUAUAACAUGGGUAGGACAAAAACCUGAAUUGUCAUCAAUAUUACUCACCUCGCACAUGGAUGUUGUUCCAGUGUAUUCAGAGAAAUGGAUACAUGAUCCAUUUUCUGCUCAUAAAGAUGAAAAUGGAAAUAUUUAUGCUAGAGGAGCACAAGAUAUGAAAUGUGUUGGCAUUCAAUAUUUAGAAACGAUCAGAAAAUAUAUUAUAGAAAAUCUUAAAUUGAAAAGAACUAUACACAUAUGUUUUACACCAGAUGAAGAAAUUGGAAGCAAGUUUGGUAUGGCUAAAUUUGUUACAACCCCGGAGUUUGCAGAACUAAAUAUUGGGUUUGCUCUGGAUGAAGGGAUAGCAACACCCCAUGAAGCUUUUAAUGUUUAUUAUUGUGAAAGAACUUCUUGGUAUUUAACUAUAACUUGUACUGGCCAGACUGGACAUGGUUCAAUAUUACAUGAGAAUACAGCUGGAGAAAAAUUACAAUACAUAAUCAAUAAAUUUAUGAAUUGGAGAGAAUAUGAAAAAAAUAAAUUAAUUAACAGUGAUUUAAGUCUGGGAGAUGUGACAACUAUAAACUUAACAAUGAUUAAUGGGGGAUGUCAAGUAAAUGUUGUGCCAACUGAACUAUCAGUUACUUUUGAUAUACGGUUAGCAAUUGAUGUAAAUAUUGAAAAAAUGAAGAAAACUGUACAAGAAUGGUGUUGUAAUGCGGGUCCAGGUGUCUACGUAAAAUUUAAGGAUAACCCAAUACGUGUUAGACCAACUAAAAUUGAUAACAGUAAUCCAUGGUGGAUUGCAUUCAAAAAUGAAUGUGAUAAAAUGGACAUAAAAAUCAAUACUUAUAUAUUUCCCGCAGGAACAGAUAGCAAAUUUAUAAGAAAUGUUGGCAUACCGGUUUUGGGAUUUUCUCCAAUGAACUAUACAAAAAUUUUACUGCAUGAUCAUAAUGAAUUUCUCAACGAGAAAACAUUUAUAAAAGGUUUGGAUAUUUAUUACAAUAUAAUUAAAGGACUUACAUCAGUUUAAAAUUCAAAUUAU